AUGCCGAGACCCAAUCCCCGACGACCGAUCUUCCCCAGCGAAGACGGCGCAUUUGCGUCAACAGCAAGAGCCGAUAUACCGCAGCUAGUGUCUCCCAGGCCACCGAACAAUAUCACCGGCUCAGCAACCACCACUGCUCCAUGGCAACACCAGAACCACCACCGGCGAGUAGCAAUCGGGCCGUCUGGACGAGGUUUAGCGGUGCAAGGCGGGUUGCUCGCUGACAACCAACAUUUUCAACACGCGGAAGAGCCUUUGGGGAGCUUGGAAGACGAGGACUUCGAUGAGGACGAUGACAACGAUCUCGAAGAAGAUGAAGAGGACGAAGGGAUAGAAGACGAUGAGGAUUAUGAUAUGCAAGAUGACUCCAAGGACGUGUCGUCUCCGAUCCCUCCAAACCUCCGCGAGAUCUCCUCUUUGGCUUCAUGGACCGUAUCAACGCACAAGCCUGGCUGCGGCGUCACCGCCCUACGUCACCCUUCCCCGUCCCAAUUCUGGCAAUCCGACGGGCCGCAGCCCCAUACCCUGACCCUGCACUUUUUUAAACGCGUUGCCGUGGUUAGAAUACGCGUCUACCUCGACUUUGAGCUGGACGAGAGUUACACACCGACUAAGAUGGUGUUUUUGGCGGGCAUGGGUGGAAAUGAUCUGGUUGAAUUUGCUACUUGGCAAGGUGAGGCGCCGUGCGGCUGGGUAGAUAUUUCUUUGGAUGGGGUUGGUGGGAGGCAUGAGCGACGGCCGAGAAGGAGAAAGAGAGAGGUCAAAGGGAAAAAUAGCGUUCUGAAAAGUUCGAGAAAGAAAGACCACAGGGAAUAUGAUCACCAUGUGGACGCCGGGGGAAAUAGCGACAGUGAAGAUGACGGUGACAGCGAUGCUUAUGAUGACCUUUUUGAUAAUGAUGACCCUUCUGCAGGAAAUGUCCUGAAAGCCAUGGUGAUUCAGGUCCGGAUCUGCGAGAAUCAUCAGAACGGCAAGGAUACUCAUGUGCGAGGCUUCCAGGUUUUCGCUCGUGAUGACAGAUACUAUACCCGCACACGAAGAGACAGCACUCGCAAAUCUUUACGAUCAAGCGGUGGAGCAAGAAAGGAUGCCGGUGACCUGCAUCCCACUGAGAGCGAUCAAAGGGGCAAUGACCUGGAAAACGGGAUGGCAACAAUUGAUGAAUCCGAGUGGUUUCUACAACCUGAAAUCCGUUAG